UUGCUCUUGUGUCUAUCCAUUUCUUUAUUCGCCCGUUUCCAUUUUUAGACAGGUAUUCUUGAGCCAGUCAAAGCCUUUGAUACCCUAGAAAAAUGCAGGCUAACUCACUGGUUGCAACUGUGCAUAUGGAAGCACCUUUUCCCCUUUCGCCUUCUCUCACGCUCAGCUUGGAGCCCAAACUAAUGUGCUGUGGACAGAUCUUGCCCAUGGCUCUCACUCUUCUACCAACUUCAGUCCAGGGUCUCUGAGUCUCUGAGGGCUCCCUCACACUUACCAGUAACAGAGGUCUUAGAGCCAGAUGCACGAGGGUUUGGGUCCCAUCCCAGUUCAUGCUGUCAGGAGUCAGCCUCUCUGGGCAAACCUCUGAGGCCUGUUCCAUACUGAUGAGAACCCCAAGAUGAUGUCUGUUAGGAUUCACAACCUGCCAGAGCCUCCAUCCUUGGCUUCACAGCAGAGGCGGCCACAUCUGGCUCUUCCUUCCACCAAUUGUAACACCCCUCUGUUCUAAGCAGGCUUUUCUAGAAGUCCUGGUAGCUCUGGGAAAUGUCAUAGGUCCUGGCCAGCAGGUUGACACUUUACACCUACUUCAGCCAUACGUCCUUGGUAUCCUUGUGGCCAACACUUGGGAUAGGAAGUGGUUCUGAAAGCCAAUAGAAAACUAAAGUUUGGGGAGGCGGGGUGAGAGCCUCACACCUGGGUUCUUGAUAAUUCCAAGGACUUUGGCCUAAGACCUCUCCUAAACAGGUGUCAGGCUGUGCUAAGACCACACAGCUGGCCUGGUCUCAGACCCAAGACUUUGCCCAAGGACAAGGAUACCCAUAAAUAAAGCGAGGCCAUUCUCAACCUCAGUCAUUAACUUCCACAAUGCUUCUGCUUAGCCUAACCCUUAGCCUGGUCCUCUUUGGCUCCUCCUGGGGCUGUGGUGUUCCUGCCAUCUCCCCCGCACUGAGCUACAGCCAGAGGAUUGUCAACGGAGAGAACGCAGUGCCAGGCUCCUGGCCCUGGCAGGUGUCUUUGCAGGACGGGAACGGCUUCCACUUCUGUGGUGGUUCUCUCAUCAGCCCCAACUGGGUAGUCACUGCUGCUCACUGCCAAGUCGUGGCUGGACGCCACUUUGCCAUUUUGGGAGAAUAUGACCGAUCUUCCAAUGCUGAACCUGUGCAGGUGGUAGCCAUCUCAAAGGCCAUUACACACCCUAGCUGGAACUCCAGGACUAUGAACAAUGACAUCACGCUCCUGAAGCUUGCCACACCAGCCCGCUACACAGCACGAAUCUCACCAGUCUGCCUGGCUUCCUCAAAUGAGGCACUGCCUGACGGCCUCACGUGUGUCACCACUGGUUGGGGCCGAAUCAGUGGUGUGGGCAACGUGACACCAGCACGCCUGCAGCAAGUAGUUCUACCCUUGGUCACUGUGAAUCAGUGUCGGCAGUACUGGGGCUCACGUAUCACUGAUUCCAUGAUUUGUGCGGGUGCCUCAGGUGCCUCUUCAUGUCAGGGUGACUCAGGAGGCCCUCUUGUCUGCCGGAAAGGAAAUACCUGGGUACUUAUUGGUAUUGUCUCUUGGGGUACUGAAAACUGCAAUGUACAAGCCCCGGCCAUGUAUGCCCGGGUCAGCAAGUUCAACACCUGGAUCAACCAAGUCAUGGCCAGCAACUAAACUCCACAGAUCCUUCCCCCAUCUCAAUCCAAUAAAGACACCAUGCUCAGUUCUCUUGUGCACCUUUGUCUUUCACCCCAGCUUGUGGGAAGGAGAGGUUCCUGGGGGUUCUACCCAUGACUUGGACUUUGUCUUCUAGCAUAGCAAUGGCUGAGCAGCCAGGAGCUUCCCGCAAUAGGCAUCGCACGCUGUGGCCCUUACUCCUCUUUUUGAACAAUCCACUAGCCCCAUGGCACAAUCUGUGGUCAGAAAAAAAAUGGCAGCCUUCCUUAGGGGAGGGCAGCCUGUUUA